AUGCUAACAAUUCAAGCAGUUCCAAAACACCCACACCAAGAGGCCUUCAAAAUGACAACCUUCAUGACCCUCCCACAGGAGCUGCGAGAUCGCAUCUAUGAAUUCAUCGCACUGGAAUAUCCAACCCGSCGCAUCCAAACAAUCCACACCGAAGAAGUCACAUACCCAAUCUACAAAACCACAACCUCACCCAUAACUGCCACCUGCCGAAGCAUCCACAACGACUACGAAGCCAUAGCCAAGAAACUCACCACAGCAUUGGAAUUCACAGCCAUCAACAUGGACUUCCAAUCCAUCAUGACCUAUUUCCACCGCCAAGUCGACCCCAAAUUCCUCACAAACCUCCACCUCAACAAAGCGAAACUCCAAAUCAACAUCCUAAUCCCCAACGUCAAAACUCUCAUCCAAGACAACAUCCCCUUUAAACUAUCCCUCAAAGACUCCUUCUACCCCUGGGCAUUAUUCCUCCUCAACAUCAACCUGCAAGUAUCAUACCACAGCGACACGGCGACAUGGAUGCACCUCUUCGACAGUUUCCGCGAAGAUUUGCAAGAUCAAUGUGUGGUGGAGAAAGAUACAUGCAAGGAAAUUCGGCAGAAUAUCGAGGAGAUUCGUAGACUGGCGGGGGGUUUUGAUCGGAAUUUGUGGCUUUAUAGGCAGGAUUUCGCUUAUGAUUUGCAGUUUAUUCGACAUCGUAGGGCUGGGACGGUGUAUAGACCCAGGAGGAAUCCGAGGACUGAGGAGUGGGUUUCUUUGUGGGGGGAGCGUAUUGCUGGGGUUUAG